CCAGUCCUUUCCCUAUACAAACCUUAAGCAAGCCCAGACAACUGCUGCAUACUUUUCAGAGAGGCAUCACCGGAUGAGGAGCAAAUAGCUUACAAGGGGACAGAUCUUAGUCCUCUUUUAGAGUGUGGAGAGCAGAGUUUGCAGCAGACAGGUUGGUACGUGACCUGGUACAGAAGAUGGACUUCGGUGAACCCUGGACCCUGGAUGAUAUCAGCUGGCUGACACACAGUGGGAUUCUUCAUUUUGUCAAUAAAUUAAGAGAAACGGAAGCUUCCAAAGCUGUUCCAGCAAUUUUGGGUGCCACUGAGUCAGGCCCCCCAUCAGUUUGCUACACCUCCAGUACUCCCUCCCAGAUACUGGAAGAAAUUGGCUAUUUGUAUGCAGAGCCUCAACUGCUUACCAGAAGACAAGAUGAUUCCCCAUUCAUGGUAGAAGUGAUCAGUGGUAUCGACGCUGAAGAUCCUCUGAGCAGCUUCCACCCUCCUCACUUCCUCCAGGUCUCAGAGGUGGAGAUGAGAGGUUCGGAGGAUGUUGCCCCUCGCACUGUGUUACAGCGGCUAAUCCAAGAGCUGCGCUAUGGCAACCCGAACGAGAACAUGAACCUGCUGGCCAUUCAGCACCAGGCCACAGGGAGCACAGGACCAUCCAACUCCACUGCCAGCCCGCUUUCUUCUUCUGCAGAAAACCUCGUGCUGGAAGACCCACAAAUGGUCCAGCAGUCGGCACGGCAGGAACCACAAGGCCAGGAGCAUCAAGGGGACAACACUGUGAUGGAGAAGCUGUCCAGGGGCUCCCAGCCUCAGCAGAACAAUGAGGAGCUACCCACCUACGAGGAGGCCAAAGCCCAGUCUCAGUUCUUCCGAGGCCAGCAGCCCAGCGCCGUUGGGCCGAGCGGCUUUUAUGGGGCUGCAGCUUCCUGUCCGAAGUCUAGAACAGAAGGGAGGCCUACUUUGGCCCGUGCCAACAGCGGGCAAGCGCACAAAGAUGACGCUCUUAAGGAACUUAAACAGGGCCACGUGCGGUCUCUAAGCGAGAGGAUCAUGCAGCUGUCGUUGGAGAGAAAUGGUGCGAAACAGCAUCCCCCGGCCUCGGGGAGAAGCAAAGGGUUCAAAGCGGGUGGACCGCCCUCGUCCCAGACAGCAGGCAAAGGCAUGGAUCUGAGGGGGCCGCCACCAGAGUACCCCUACAAAAGCAAACAGGUGGUGUCUCCAGUGAGCAAAACUCAGGAGCAUGGAAUGUUUUUUAAUGACCAGCAUUCUGCAAUGAUGCAGGAAAUUGCGAAAUCCUCCUAUUCGGCUCCACAGCCUACAAGGACUGAAGGAGCUGUUGUCCGAUAUCAGCCUCCCCCAGAAUAUGGCACAAGCAGCCGUCAAAGCCAGCCGUCUUUUCCAUCCCUCCCCAUGCAGCAGCAGCAGCACAGCCCAAUGUCCUCCCAAGCCUCCUCCCUGACAGGCCCGUUGCACUCUGUAUCUUUGCCGCCGUUUUCGAUGGCUGCGGGGUCCCAGUCUCUGCCUGCCACUCCUCCCAGCCAGCAGCAACUCCCACCGGAUGCAUUUGCGAUCGUGCAGCGAGCUCAGCAGAUGGUAGAAAUGCUGUCAGAAGAUAAUGAGGCUCUGCAGAAGGAACUGGAGGGCUACUAUGGGAAAGCAGACAAACUUCAGAAGUUUGAAAUAGAAAUUCAGAGGAUUUCAGAAGCGUAUGAAGACUUGGUGAAGACCACCACCAAGAGAGAGUCCCUCGACAAGGCGAUGCGAAACAAACUCGAAGGGGAAAUCCGACGCCUCCAUGACUUCAACAGGGACCUGCGGGAGCGAUUGGAGACAGCCAAUAGGCAGCUGGCCAGCAGACAGUUCGAUGGGCUUGAAGAUAAGACAACAGAGGGUCUCUAUUCCUCUCAGAAUAAAGAGAAGAUGGAAAUGGAGUUGACAGCCGUGCGUCUGACCAAUGAGGAACAGCGAAGGCAUAUUGAAAUCUUGGACCAGGCUCUGAACAACGCUCAGGCCAGAGUCAUCAAACUGGAAGAGGAGUUGCGGAAGAAGCAGGUGCAAGUGGAGAAGGUAGAGAAGCUUCAGCAGGCGCUGGCUCAGCUCCAGGCCACCUAUGAGAAGCGGGAGCAACUGGAGCGCCGCUUGCGCACGCGGCUGGAAAGAGAGCUGGAAUCUCUGCGGAUGCAGCAGAAGCAAGGCAAUUACCAGGCAUCCACCUUGCCAGAGUACAAUGUGCCUGCCUUAAUGGAGCUGGUGCGGGAGAAGGAGGAGAAGAUUCUGGCUCUGGAAGCUGACAUGACCAAGUGGGAGCAGAAGUACUUGGAAGAGAGCACCAUCCGACACUUUGCCAUGAAUGCUGCGGCCACAUCAGCCACGGAGAAGGAUGCUUCAGCCCCUAAUCACUCGCGGAACGGCAGCUUUAGCGAGAGCUCUCUGGAGGUCCGCAUGUGGCAGGAAGAGGAGGAGAUUUUGCAAGCCAACCGGAGAUGUCAGGACAUGGAAUACACAAUAAAGAAUCUGCAUGCAAAAAUCAUAGAGAAAGACGCCAUGAUCAAGGUCCUUCAGCAGCGGUCCAGAAGGGAUCCUGGCAAAAGCGACGCUGCGAGCUUGCGGCCUGCCCGGUCUGUCCCGUCUAUUGCUGCAGCCACGGGAACUCAUUCCCGCCAGACCUCCCUCACUGGCCACCAGCUGGUUGAGGAGAAGAAAGAAGAUGGGGCUUGGAAAGGGAGCGUAGGCCUGCUCUUAGGGAAGGACCCCCAGGAACAUUCAUCCAUACCUUCGCUGCCACCUCCGCCACCCUCAUUGUCAUCGGCAGUGUCCUCGUGGCCAGUGACGGUGUGCCAUGCUAAAACAGGGAGCAAAGACAGCAGCACUCAGACGGAAAAGGGGUCUGAGCUUUUCUGGCCAAACUCAGCUUCCUUCCCUGGCCGCGGAAAGUUUAGUAACACUCCUGUUGGCAGCCCAGCUAUGAGGCACACAGCAGCCAAGGGUGUCGGCGAGAGACUGGAGCACUCCCCCAGCCAUGGGAAGCUACCUGAUGGCAAAGGAAAGCUAAGCAGUCUGCUCCACAAGCCUGAAUUCCCGGAUCCGGACAUGAUGGAAGUCCUUAUAUAAAGUUGCGGCAGCUUCCUCCACUUCUUGUGCAAGAGCACAUAAUCCCCAGGAGGGUCUCGUUGUUGAUGUCGUGCAAACCUUGAGAACUUUGGAAAAUAAAUAAAAUCUAGACUGAGAAAGAUUAAAUCUGGAAGGAAAAACCGGGUAAACCUGACUUUGUUCUUGCCAAAGCGGAAUGUGUGUGGGAGGUCGGAAACAAGUGGACAUUUUGGACUAUCUGCUACAGACAAUCAAAAGAGUGUUGACCAUGGAGAUGUGGAUGAAGGAGGUGGUGGCAGCAAUUCAUAGGAAGCGACAUUUUCUGUUGCAAAGAAAUUCUCUCUUGCACAUCGUUAGAAGGUGCAGUUGUCAUGCCGGGUGCUGUUCUGCAAUGACCUGGAUGAUGUUUUUAUCACUGCUGUUGGCUAACUAGAGCUGCUACAUUCCCUGUGUGAAACUUCUUGUACCGCAUACACAUCUGGGAUGAGGGAGCAGGACUUCCGGUUAUUAAAGUUUUAGAUAUUA